AUGAACAAAGUAUCCUUUCAGUGUCUGACGACGCCGUUCACAUUCUCGCUCUCUUCUCUCUCUUUCUCUCAUCACCACUCACCACGCUCCUUUCUUCGCUUCUCUGUUCGCGCUACUUCAUCUAGAGCAAUGACAUCCCAUAUUGUUGGUUAUCCCCGCAUGGGACCAAAGAGGGAGCUUAAGUUUGCUCUGGAAUCAUUCUGGGAUGGAAAGAGUAGUGCUGAGGAACUGAAGCAGGUUGCUGCUAACCUUAGGUCAGCCAUCUGGAAGCAGAUGGCCGAUGCUGGAAUUCAGCAUAUACCAAGCAACACCUUCUCAUACUAUGAUCAAGUAUUGGACACUACAGCCAUGGUCGGUGCAGUUCCUGACAGAUAUAAUUGGAAAGGUGGAGAGAUUGGCUUUGAUGUUUACUUCUCCAUGGCUAGAGGAAAUGCAUCUGUGCCAGCUAUGGAAAUGACCAAGUGGUUUGACACCAACUACCAUUUCAUUGUUCCUGAAUUGGGUCCAAAUGUUAAGUUCUCCUAUGCAUCACACAAAGCGGUGGAUGAAUACAAGGAGGCCAAAGCUCUAGGAGUGAAUACCGUACCUGUACUUGUGGGGCCAGUAUCCUACUUGUUGCUGUCAAAACCAGCUAAGGGUGUUGAAAAGUCAUUUUCCCUUCUUUCCCUAAUUGACAAGAUCCUUCCUGUAUACAAGCAAGUGGUGACGGAACUGAAGGCGGCUGGUGCUACUUGGAUUCAAUUUGAUGAACCUACCCUUGUCAAGGAUCUGGAUGCUCACCAGUUACAAGCAUUUGAUUAUGCUUAUGCAGAGCUAGAAUCUACUUUAUCUGGUUUGGAUGUUCUGAUUGAGACAUACUUUGCUGAUGUCCCAGCUGAAGCGUACAAAACACUCACCUCUUUGAAGGCUGUUACUGCAUAUGGGUUUGACCUUGUUCGUGGAACAAAGACCCUUGAUUUGAUCAAGCAAGGAUUUCCAUCUGGAAAACUUCUUUUUGCCGGUGUUGUUGAUGGAAGAAAUAUUUGGGCUAAUAAUCUUGAAUCUUCGCUAAACACCUUGCAGACACUUGGGGACAUUGUUGGAAAGGAGAAAGUUGUGGUUUCCACAUCCUGUUCUCUUCUUCACACUGCAGUUGAUCUGGUGAAUGAGACGAAGCUGGACCAAGAGAUUAAGUCUUGGCUUGCAUUUGCAGCACAGAAAAUAGUUGAAGUAAAUGCCUUGGCCAAGGCAUUGUCUGGACAAAAGGAUGAGGCUUACUUUUCUUCCAAUGCUUCCGCUUUGGCUUCAAGGAAGUCCUCCCCAAGGGUGACAAAUGAGGCUGUCCAAAAGGCUGCUGCUGCUCUUAAGGGCUCUGAUCACCGUAGGGCCACUAAUGUUAGUUCCAGAUUGAGUGCACAACAGAAGAAAUUGAAUCUUCCUAUUCUUCCAACCACUACAAUUGGAUCUUUCCCUCAGACUGCAGAUCUUAGAAGGGUUCGCCGUGAGUUCAAGGCCAAAAAGAUCUCCGAGGAGGAUUAUAUCACUUUCAUUAAAGAGGAAAUUAUUAAUGUUGUUAAGAUCCAGGAAGAGCUCGACAUUGAUGUCUUGGUGCAUGGAGAGCCCGAGAGGAAUGACAUGGUUGAGUACUUUGGAGAACAAUUAUCUGGCUUUGCUUUCACUGCCAAUGGGUGGGUGCAAUCCUAUGGAUCCCGCUGUGUCAAGCCACCGAUCAUCUAUGGUGAUGUGAGCCGUCCCAAGCCAAUGACUGUUUUCUGGUCUUCGACAGCUCAAAGUUUGACAAAACGACCUAUGAAGGGAAUGCUUACUGGCCCUGUUACUAUUCUGAACUGGUCCUUUGUUAGAGAUGACCAACCUAGGUUUGAGACUUGCUACCAGAUUGCUUUGGCUAUAAAGGAUGAGGUUGAGGAUCUUGAGAAAGCUGGCAUUACCGUCAUCCAAAUCGAUGAGGCUGCUUUAAGAGAAGGCUUGCCCCUACGGAAAUCUGAGGAGGCUUUCUAUCUAAACUGGGCAGUUCACUCAUUUAGGAUUACAAACUGUGGUGUGCAAGACACCACUCAGAUUCACACUCACAUGUGUUACUCAAACUUCAACGACAUCAUUCACUCGAUCAUCGAUAUGGAUGCAGAUGUUAUCACCAUUGAGAAUUCUCGAUCAGAUGAGAAGUUACUAUCUGUCUUCCGCGAGGGAGUUAAAUAUGGUGCUGGCAUUGGUCCUGGUGUUUAUGAUAUUCACUCACCAAGAAUUCCACCCACCGAAGAAAUUGCUGACAGAAUCAACAAGAUGCUUGCAGUCCUUGAAAGCAACAUCCUCUGGGUCAACCCUGAUUGUGGCCUUAAAACGCGAAAAUACACCGAGGUUAAGCCCGCCCUCACCAACCUGGUUGAUGCUGUCAAGCUCAUCCGCAAACAACUAACUAGUACCAAAUGA